AUGGAUUACUACAGAAAAUAUGCAGCUGUCAUUCUGGCCAUAUUGUCUCUGUUUCUGCAAAUUCUCCAUUCCUUUCCUGAUGGAGAGUUUACAAUGCAGGGUUGUCCUGAAUGCAAGCUAAAGGAAAACAAAUACUUCUCCAAGCCAGACGCUCCAGUCUAUCAGUGCACGGGCUGCUGCUUCUCCAGGGCAUACCCCACUCCAGCGAGGUCUAAGAAGACAAUGUUGGUCCCCAAGAACAUCACCUCGGAAGCCACAUGCUGUGUGGCCAAAGCGUUUACCAAGGCCACAGUGAUGGGAAACGUCAGAGUGGAGAACCACACGGACUGCCACUGCAGCACUUGUUAUUAUCACAAAUCUUAA